AUGUUUGAAAAUACGGAUUCAUCGGAUGAUAAUGAUGAUAGUUUAUCUAAACAAGUUUUACCUACAAUAGAUGAUAACAAUGAUAUGAUUGAUAUGAACAAAAUGCCAACAACUGGAGAAGAAUAUUUGAGACAGGUUCGUUUUGAAGCUUCACAAUUACCUAAUUUUCAAACAGCAACUAAAACAAAUCAAAAUUUAACAACAUCAUCAAAAUCUAAAAAACAUGCUUGGCUUAAAUUAUUUUCAUCAACAAAUACUAUUCCAGAUGUACCAAUAAAACAUAUUAUAUCAAAUGAUUGGCAAAAUGAACAAUGUCUUGCAUUUUCUAAUGUACGUAAUGAUUUUUUUCAAAUGCGUGAUCAAUUACGAAUAAUAAAUAAAAAAUAUCGUAUUGUAAAAUUAAAAAAUAUAAAUGAUUAUUGGAAAUUUUGUUUUGGUAAUGAUAUUCCAUUUCAAUCUCCAUUAUCAUCAUUAGAAAUUGAUGAACAAUUACAAAUACAAAAUCCACUUCCAACAAUGACAAAAAUGAUUAGUUUAACUCAACCUCAACUUCAUGAAUUGUUACAAUAUGAAAUUGAUUGGCUUAAACAAUGUGGAUAUUCACUUCAUUUAGCUUUGUAUAUAUAUGCUACAUUAGUAUCUAUUGAAAAACCUAUUGAUGAAGAUGUUAUGUAUACGAUACGACAAACAUGUAUAGCAUGGAAACAAAUACGAACGAAAUUAUUAAAUCCAAAUGAUAAUGAUUAUCCUGUUGAUGAUACUUUAAUAAAGAGCUGUGAUUUAUUUAUAUGUAUAAUUGGUCGAUAUUUUGGUCAAUUUGAUUUAGCUGAUCGAAAUGAUUAA